UUAUCCCUCCUGGAGCAUCGCCCUAUCUCUCGCCCUACGUACUGAGCUUAUACUGUGCUCUCCUACUGUUAUCCUCGCUGUGAGCUGUUGCCUUCGCCUUUUCUGUCUGAAAUACUGUUAUCCUCCUCAUCUGAUAUGACGGACAGUUUCUUGGAUCUGCUCAAAUUUAUGGUGACACUUGUUGCUGCCAAGUAUGAUUGGAAGAAUGAUUCUCCAUUCACGCGAGAGCAUAUAGCGAUGCGAAUCAUGAUCUUCGCGGUAUUCGUAUAUUAUAUGACAGUUACCAUUCAGGAAAGGUUCAACAUUGAAAUCAAUGCUCAUCUCGCUAGUUUGGACAACAUUAAGUUCUUGAGUGGAGCCCUUGCUGUAACUUCAAUGUUUUUGAUCCUGACUCCACGAGUAGGCUGGCUGUUCCUUUUUGUCUGGGUGAUCUUCUUAGUAAAGGUGGCGUUGGACCUGCAUAGACCAUUUUAUGACUUUGGCAUGCUCAUGGAUCGGGAAGAAACCUAUUUAAACCAUUAAGAGACCCAUCUACAGAAUAUGUAGAAUAAAUUUGAUGGGUUAUUUUGGUUUUUUUUUCCUUUUUUCU